AUGGCGUCGUUACGAGUCUUGGUUGGGGUUAAACGUGUCAUAGAUUACGCCGUUAAGGUUUGUGGUGAUCGAGAAACUGGUGCAUAAUACAUAAUCUUAAUAAAUGAUAUUUCUAAAUUGUUAUUUUCUCCUUGAAGAUACGCGUGAAACCGGAUAAGAGUGGCGUGGUUACUGAUGGAGUCAAGCAUAGCAUGAACCCUUUUGAUGAAAUAGCGGUGGAAGAGGUCGGGCAAUAUUUUUAAUUUUUCUUAAAUUGCUGUGUCUUACAGAAAGCAGUUAAAUCUUUUAAGUAUGCCUAGAAUUUGUUAUUUCUUUUAUAACGACGAAUGUCGAGAGAAGUCUUUUCAGUUUAAUAUGUAGUGGAAGUACCGGUAAGUUUACAAAUUCAUCACUGGUCGAGUUACACUAAUAUUUGUCUUUCAUCUCAAUGAGGGUAUGUUAUGUGGACGAAAAGAUAUUAUUAAGAACCCUCCAUCCCAGCACAAACCUUCUGGAAUUUUCAGUUAUGUUUUUUUGUUUGAGUUCUUUUUAAAUGCUAUUCCCUUAGAGACCACCCCUCUCCUUCCAUUGACGUAAUUGAAGAGAUUGUUACACCCCUGCCCCACCCCCCAUCACUAUAUUCCCUCUUUUGUAAGCAAGAUGUCAAAAAUAUUACUCAAAAAACUUUUUUAAAAAAUUGACAGGCAGUAAGGCUCAAAGAAAAGGGAAUUGCAUCAGAAAUUGUUGCUGUUAGCUGUGGGCCUGCUAAAAGCGAGGUAGGACUUACUUAGUCUUCAAGGCCGUCAUAGACAUCAUAGAGAUUAUGUUCCGAGAAAUGACAUUCUCCCCAUACAGGCUUUCAUUCAUUUUCCGAGUGUAUAAUAAAUUGUUAAUAUUAUUGUGUAAUUUCUCUUCCUCCUUACCCUCGAAGCUAUAAUUCAAAUACUCAGGGUUUUCGGAACCUUAUUUUAAAAUACUGUAGCUUUUAGAGCAUGAACAACAUUAACAAAAUAUUUGUAAUAGACAGUUCUAAUGCCUUUAAAGUACUUUUUUUCUUUCAGUGCAUUACAGCUUUGUUUUACAUAGCAAUUUGCCUUGGGUUUUGAAGGGCUUUUGCCUUCAAGUUUUCUGUUACUGUUACUUACAGUUACUAAAUGCUUAACCUCCUGAUGAAAACAUUCACAGGAAGUCAGUAAUAAAGUCACCAACGUUCAUUUCAUUAUUAAUGAAAAAGAGAAAUCAAACUGUCAAAUUGAAAAUGUGGUUUUUGUUGUAUUACAUGUACGUGUAUUGCUAUAAAUCCAAGAUCAACAAAAUUUUCCAAAAUAAGUGAAGUAUGCUGAGAAUUUGACUGACAUUCAUUCAUUUUAUUAAUUUUGUAUUUCUACAAUACCUAAUAAAAUUCUUGUGUGCUUACUGGUUGAUAAUCUAGCCAUCAUCUGUAAGAGUAUAGUUAGUGGAUAGUGCACACUUUUUUCUUUUUCUCAUGUUUGCAACUUACAUGUACAAGACAAUUUAAAAUGAUGUAGCUAUUCAUUUUGUAAAAUUUAGAGUUGUUAAAAAUAAAUCAAGCACAAUUUUCUGCUGUUACAAAAUGAAACUAAAUGCUGUCUGAACUCUUGUAUUGUUCUAACAAAAAUUUAUAGGAAACCCUUCGCACAGCCCUUGCUAUGGGAGUUGAUCGUGGUAUUCACGUUGUGUUAAAUGACAAGGAAUAUGAAGGCCUUCAGCCCCUUGCAGUAGCGAAGCUGUUUCAAAAGAUUACAGAGCAGGAGAAUCCUAAUUUAAUUCUUCUUGGGAAACAGGUAAUGAUCAGUCAAAAGUUACUGAUCAGAAGUAAUUGUGAAAGAAUAAGGCCCAUUGACUUGACUUCUUUAUUGAAAGAGACUUUUGUAGAAACGUUAACUCAUUGUAUUUACACCUCAACCAGAGCUGUCAUUAAGGGAUGUAACCCAUAACACCUGUCAUGGCUGAGCACACUUGCUGUUAUGGGUGAUCAAAGUGGAAAGCUAAAGAUGGCACGAGAGACUAUAAAUUUUUGCAAGAUGUUACAGGUGAAUCUUCACCUCCUACAGCUGCUUAAAAAUUUAAUGUGUCAACCACCUGUAAUAACAUCUUAUGGGGAACCACUGACAUGCAUGAUGGAAACUUUACCACUUGUCAUGAAAGUAAGAACAACAACUGCACAAGACUAUUGUUGCAUUUUGAACUUCAAGCUUCUUAGACCUGGGAAGUGGGGGGUAAGGGGGGGAAGGGGGAGUGCAGUCCAUUUGUUGAAUUUGUUUCUUGGGAGAUCAGUCAAGCAACAAGCUCAUUAUGUUUCUGAACUGGUAACUUCGGUCAAGUCUCCAGGAUCAAGGAUUGAGAUGCCAGUGGCUGUCAACUUACUUUUGAGCAGUAAAUGUACUGUAACUUAAAGAAAGGAGAAAGAGAUCUUGUAAAUAAUGGAUAAUACAUGUAGCUUUUAAGCUUAAAAGACCAAGCAUUAUGAUAAUGUACAUUUUGUUAUGUAGUAAUAAUAUUUCAGAAAGUUCAGUCCUUAAUCAGUGUCGAUAUUUUUUUAUUUAUUGUUUGUCAAAAAACUACUUUCAAACAACCAUUAUCUGAUCUGAUAGAUCAGCACGUCCCUCCUUCUCAGGUUUUCCUUUGUACCAAGAAAGUAGUUUAUAGAAGAGCUUCAUAUCACUGAAAUUUUGUUUUUGUUUUUCAGGCAAUUGAUGAUGAUUGCAAUCAGACAGGUCAAAUGCUGUCUGCUUUGCUUAACUGGCCACAGGUAACUGGGUUGAAUUUUUUCCCUAAUAGUUAAGCAGUAUUAUUUUGGGAUUUUCUUAUGUCUUUGAUCUCUGAUGAUAAUGUUAUGAGAUAAGGGAAAAAAUUUAGUGAAAUUGGAUUAGAAAUUUUCACACCAAAGAAAAGUUUGAGUCAUAAAACUGAAUACAGAGAGUGAAGAAUGAUCAUCGCAGUAAUUUUAAUUACAUUGAUUACAUGUGUGAGUUACAUGUUGGUACAUGUGAGCAAAAAUAUUAAAUAUCUGCUGUGCCAUUUUUCAGAUUUCCCAUAGCAUAAACAGAAAGAUAAAUUUAUUAUGGAGGAACCCAUUACAAGAGAUUUGUAUUCUGUUUAUGAAUAUCGAUGCAUAAUUUGUUCCUAUAUUUGCACAGUCUCUCAAAGAACUCCAAAGUGCAGCAAAAAAGGUUUAUAAAAGUGGUGUAUUUAUUGUUUGUUACAGGCAACUUUUGCAUCAAAAUUAGAGUUAAAAGAUGAUAAAUUGGGAGUGACGCGUGAAAUUGAUGGUGGUCUUGAGAUGAUAGAUGUCAAGAUGCCCUGUGUUGUAACAGCUGAUCUCAGGUAUUUAAGAAACAACGAUACUAUAGUCUUUUACUAGUAAUUUCUAAUUCCCAAUAAUAUCAUUAAAAUUUCAUUCGUUAUUUCCUACAUUUCUUAACAAAUAAACAGGACCAAGCAAUAGUACUGCUGAAGGGGUUUCGUUUGAAUGGUCACACCAUAGGAUUUGGUCCACAGACUCAAAAGUUAGACCUCCAUACUAAAUAAGUAGUACCAGAAACUCAUAAGGGGUUAUGAGUUUCUGGUAGUACCAAGUGAAUGGUCACACCGUAGGAUUUUGUUGACAGAUUUUCUGUUUUUGCAUGUGAUUCUCAUGGUGCUCUGUGUAAAAAACUCCCUAUCAUUUGUUACGUCUUGAAAGCCUUUGUCCUGGUGUAAAAUUGAAACAGUAUGGUUUAGUACAGUGUAUUUGUAAAUUAAAUUUCUAAUUUGGAUCCUUUUCCCUAUUUAUCCAUUUCGCAGUUUGACUCAAGCUUAAUCCUGAUUUGAACUUCUCCACCAGGUUUUUAAAUAACCAACUCACACACUUUCUUAGAGCCCUUUUCAUUUUUUCACAGAAAGUCCUGGAGCUUGCACUUGUUUUUCUGACAUGUUUUACACUUUUUACAUUUUGGUCAAUUUUUUUUUCACUCCAUGGUUGUUUGCCACUAGGCUGCCCCCUGAGUUGAAGAUUUUAAAUAUGUUUAAUAUAGGGUCAUUUGCAAGUAUUUUGUCCCAGGGUUGUGUAUCAUUUUCCCUUAAGAACCAUGGAGAGUGGGUAACUGAAAAUUUAAAGGAAAAAAUCUAUCUGUAGCAGAAGUAUUAUUUAAUUUAUUUAUUAAAAUAAUUGGGAAUUCACUUUUAUUGUCCUCCAGGUUGAAUGAACCACGCUAUGCAACUCUCCCUAAUAUUAUGGUUUGUAACAAGAAUGAAUAUUUUCCUCUUCUAUUUAUUUAUCAUAAAAGUCACUGAUUAACAGCACUAUCAACGAACUAGCGUUGUUGUGCCAAAUUGUGAUGAUUGCAACAAGUUGCUUGAUUUCAGCAGUCAACCAUUCUUUAACAAUCAGAGUUAAGUCCCCCACCCCUGCCCCCACCCCCAACCCCUCAUUUAACAUUUUUGCCAUUAUUGUAAGUGUUAACGUUGAGUUAGGGGAGGGGUAGGUAGGGAGUUUCUCAGAAGCUCAUUACGUAGUAGUUAGUACUAAUGUUGGGUUUGGGGAGGGGAAGGUAGACAGUUUCUUAAAUUCCAUGCUGAUUCAAAAGGCUUUCGUCUGCCUUACUAAUUACUUAAUUGAAAAAUGCAUCUUUGUACUGCAGAAAGCAAAGAAGAAGAAAAUUGACAAGAAGACGCCUGGUGACUUAGGUGUAGACAUUUCUCCAAGAAUAGAGACUCUGAGUGUUGAGGAUCCACCAGUACGGGAAGCAGGAAUUAAAGUUGAAACUGUUGAUGAUUUGGUCACUAAACUUAAGGACAAAGGAUUCUGUUAGAGAGUUCGCAAUUACCCCAUCAUGGUCAAUCAAUGAAAUCAAUUAUAACUACAACAUGAGUGAUGUUUCUUGCCACUUAAUGUUGUUAUCUUUUAUUGGUUGCAUAAAUUCCAGUGGAAUCAUUUCCUAUUACAAUAACUGGAUGCUCUCAAAAGUUUGUGAAAUAGCAGUCAAGGGUUGUUAACAAUCAAUCAGUCAACUAGAAUUAACUGAAUGACCUUACUAAUGUCUUGUGAUUGGUAGAUUUCCAAUCAAUGAUUUUAAUUGAUUGACUUCUUUGGGAAUACGUGAACUGCAGAUCUGGACAAAAUUAACUGGCUUUGUGACAAAGCAUUUAACACCAUUUUCCAGGAUCUAUGGCUGUUAUUUUUAUUUCCAACAAAAUUUAUCAUUAAGUUAAUGGCUUUACAGACAACUAUUUAUGUUUGUAUGGUGAUUGUCUGUUAUUCCUGUGCCAGCAAGAUUUUCCAAAAUAAAGCAUAACACAAGCAGC